AUGGACAAAAACACUCAGCCGGCCCAUGCUGAGAGACUUCAGCUUGAACUCCUACUUAAGACUCAGUUUGACUUAGCCAUGGUGUCGUACGCACGUGUCGUCUACGCAGUUUUGUUAAGUUGUAUAACACAUGUGCACACAGACGGCGAAAACAUAACCGAAUCAUGCAUGUAUUUAUACGAAAAAGGUGUCGAAGCGUAUUUGGACAAUCGAUUCAACGCGUGUAUUGUUCACUUCGAAAAUGCGAUACAAAAAUAUAGAGACUAUAGGAAAAAACUCCAAAAUUGUCGAAUUAUGUGCAAGGAAGAAGCGGAUUUGUCGGAACCGCUUUACCCGACAGAUAUCGACGAUUUGUUGUUUUUUGAAAAAGCGGUCAAAAAUACGCUGUGUAUUAUGAGGUGCAAAAAGGUAUACAAGGACAAUUUUUUCAAAUUUAAUGUCAAUAAAGAGACCGAGAAGCUGUUCGAGGAUUUGAAGCCCUACGAAUAUUUACAUAUCUGCUAUUUUCAGAAUAAGGAAGUACAAAAGGCUGCUUCUGCCGCUUUCACAUAUUUAGUCUCAUAUCCCGACGAUAAAAUAAUGUCAGCUAAUCUGAAAUACUACUCCUCCAUGAGCGGUGUUGAUAUGACGGAAAUAGUGAAUUUCGAAGCCAAAGAUUACGUUUAUUUGUACAUCCACGGUGUGGAUGCCUACGAGAGGAAAGAUUGGGUCGGGGUUGUGGACAACAUGGAAGAGUCACUCGUGGCUUAUCUGCAAGCCGACGAGGAAUGUAGGGCACAGUGUGAAGGACCCUUCGACCAAGGCUGGUACCCAGACUUCAUCCCGUCAAUUGCCAACCAUUUCACAUACUGUCUCAAAUGUAAACAAAAGUGCAAAACGAAACUGAGCUCGCUAAAUGGCGAAAAACACGACGAUCUACUUCCCAGCCAUUACCACUAUUUGCAAUACGCCUAUUUCAAAAGGGGUGAUUUAAAGGCUGCGUGUGCGGCUGUGGCUAGCUACUUAUUGUUUUACCCAAAUGACGAAACUAUGUUAGAAAAUAAGAAGUUUUACAGUAAAUUGCCUAAGGCUAGUGACGAUUUUUUUAUACCAAGACCGGAAGCGCUGCAUUAUGUCCAAAGACACACUUACGAACAGAGGAUACUGAAAUUCAUUGUGCAUGAAUACAAAUUCGAUGUUUCCACGGAAAUUACGUCUGAGGCGUUGAAGUAUCGUGUUGUAAUGACAGAAAAACAACUCCGGGGUCCAAAUAGAUUCGUAUCGGAGGGUUUGGCAACCGGUAAGGAGUGCCAAACGUUGGUGAACACCGCCAAAAUGUUCGCCUUAUCAGGCGAUGGUUAUCAAGGAUAUGCAUCCCCGUUCACAACUUUUGAAAAGUUCAGAGGUAUCACUUUAAGCCGGGCCACGGCUCUCGUCUACUUUGGUUUACUCGAACCACAGUAUUUACAACUAUUAUUGACAAUAUCUGAACUUGGAAAAACAAAAAUUGAAGAAUUUUUCAAAAUCAAAAAACCGUUAUAUUUCACCUACACGCAUCUAGUGUGCCGAUCGGCGAAACAACAUGCUCCAAAUAAUCGUACAGAUUACAGUCACACGAUCCAUGCAGAUAACUGCAAUUUAAUUAGCGAUAAAGUAUGCGAAAAAUUGCCCCCUUCGUACACCCACAGGGACUACAGCGCGAUUAUUUAUUUAAAUGAUGACUUUGAAGGGGGCGAGUUUGUUUUCUCCGCGGACGCCAAAGGGGAGAAAAUUCAGAGUGUUAUAAACCCGAGAUGUGGAAAAAUGGUUGCGUUUUCGUCCGGUUCUGAGAAUCUUCACGGAGUUCGCGCUGUGAAAAAAGGAUCACGUUGUGCCAUCGCAAUUUGGUUCACUUUUGAUCCAAAACAUGCAGAAACCGACAGAGACGAAGCCUGGAAUGUAAUCAGCAAAAAAAGUGCAAACUAAAUAGUACAAAACGUUUAUUUUCUGUACCUGCAACACAUUCCAUACUUUUAAUUUCGAAAGUAUGGACAAUGUUAAAGUAUGCCUUACCUCACUUUUGUGCAUUUUUCAAAGGGUUGUGUUUGAGUAAUUGUACUUAAUUUAGUGUCACGUGCAGUUGUGACCCUAGUCAAUGUUGUUCCAGCUCUUUUAAUAAAUAUUUUUAAUACAA